GGAUCGAGAUAAUAGUCGUUACUCGAACAACCGAUCGGUUGGUUUCUCAAGUUGGAUACACGUGACCUGUAUGAUCCGUCGAAUUAAUAGAUGUCUUUUAAGGAGGCAAUAGUGUCGAAGGUAUGGUGAACUUAGAGCUUGAAGGGAAUGGUUUUUGGCGAACGAUGCAGAAGUCUGUUCUCUUUUCUUUGUCGUUUGGUUUUCUUUCAAUCUACUUUGGACGGUUUAAUAGAGUCGGAUGCGUUCGGUUAUAAAAUACACAAUAAACGGAUUUUUUCUCCUCUGUACCCGAAGAUCGAAGCUAAAGAGUUCUCUGGAGGUGUUUCAAUUAUGUAUAUUGCUUUCUACGAGAACACCAAAUACACGCACUUGGACAAAGACAUGGAAACUACAUGGGAUUUAAGUGGACUAUGGAAUAAAAAAGAAGAGAAAGAAAAAAAAGAAAAAGAUAAAAAAGGGAAAAAGAAGAAGGUGAAAUCAGAGUGCGGAAUCCAUUAGCAAAGUCCGGGGAAGCACGUUUUACCAUCGACGCCCGAUCUUUCAUUCUCGGGGCAAAGAGUGGCGCGAGCUUUUGUGUAGUAUAUGAAUGACUGGCUCUUCGAAAUGCUAGCAGAAUGUCCACCCUUAUUUUUUCCUUCUUCCUCCUUUGCUAUCUAAAUUCACCUGUACCGACUUUCUAAGCACUAAUAUAUUGAUGAUAUUCGAAUAAUUCGAUAUCGAAUGGAAAGUAUCGAAUCAUAUCAUUCGGUCAGAUUAUAAAAAUAAAUAAAUGCUUAUAAGUUUUAAGUAUAAGUAAAAGCAAAUCUUAGAUUUCUUAUGUAUCUAAUAUAUUUAUUAAUACUAGGUUAUAAAUUUAUUAGUACUUGUGACUCAAAUAUCUGCUUUGUUUUUUUUAUAACGGAAAUAGAUUUUUCGAAAUAUGAUUAUUAAUUUUGUAUGUCAAACAUUCAAAUUAUUUCUAAUAUAAGAAUUAAUUUACUUAUAUUAGUUAUUUUGAUCAUGCAAUUAUUUAAAUGAAUUAAAUUUUGAGAAAGAAGUCAUUGAAUAAUCUUUGUAUGAUUAUUAAAAAAAUAAAUCAGUAUUAUUAAAUAAAUCCAGACAUUUGAUAUAGAUUUUGCAAUUUAAGUUACUGCUUGACUAACUGUAUUCUGAUCAAAACCUACAUCUUCACAAAUACCUAGUUGAAUUUCAGGAUCAACCAUAUAUCUCGGAAAUAUUUUCUUCUUUCGUUAUCUCUGGUUUUAUCUACGUUAUUCAAAAAUGUAUCUGUCAAAUAUUGCAUAUAAUGUUCUUUGAAUUUGAAGAAGAUACGAUUUUUCCAGAAAUUAUAGUUUUUCCAACUUUUGUAAAUUUUUAGAACUCGAAUUUACAUGAACAAUGCCAUGAUUAUGACUAAAAAAAAUUAAGACAGGCGAGAUUAAAAUUAAGAUAGACUUGCUAAAAUUUAUUUAAAAUUUUAAUUUAAUUUAAAUAUAUAUUACGUAUAUAUAUUUUACAUAUUUAAUGGAAAAUUUAAAUAAAUAUUAUUUUUAAUAAAUACUCUAUUUUAUAUGGAACAAGUAAUUACUUGAAAAAUUAUUAAAUAAAAGUUUUUACUUGUUUUAUUUUAUUCAUGCAGUCCAAUAUUUUAGGUAUACUUGAUAUUACUUUCUAAUAUUUUUUUAAAAUGAUAACAAAUUAAUAUCGAAUCAAAAAUCAUUCGAUAUUUCAAUCAUUUAUUAAAUAUUUGAAUAAAAAUUUUAAUACUUUAUGCUUUUUUCAAGAUUCGAGUGUAGCUUAAUAAAAUAAGAGAAUGUAAAAUGAAAGACUUUCAAAAAAGCGAGAUAAAUUCAAUAGAAUCGAAGAAAUAGAGAUGACACAAAAUUCAAAAUUCAAAAGGAUUAUUAUGCGAUAAAAAAAAUUUCAAUUUUUAUAAUUUUCGUCUUAUAAAAAUGGUCAAUAAUGAAUUGUUGAGAUUUUCACACAAUUAAGAAUUCAAAUAUAACAUAAAUUGAAAUAAUUUUACUAAUAAUCAAUUAAAAAACCAACAAACCAAUAUAAAUAAUAUACACAAUUAAUCAAGUUUUGUUUAUUUUCUAGAAUUAACUCCAAG